AUGAGGAGAUCCCAUAUCCCGUUUGCUAUCAAAAAUCGAAGAACGCACCAUCUUUCGGUAAUGUCCAGCGUUGCUAGGAAGAAACUGCCAUCUGUUCGGGAUGGCAGAAAAUGUUUCCUGUGCCAUGAUACGCGCCACCGGAAUAAACACUGCCGGCUGUUUCGUUUCCCUGCUCGUGGCACCGUAAUGUGGGACUGCUGGAUGGAAGCGCUAUCGCUCAACGAAAGUGAUAUUCGACCGAACGAGCAGCCUCGGUUGUGUCAACGACAUUUCGAAUCGAAAGAUUUCCUCACUCGUCAAUUGUCUGGAAUGGCCGUGCCGGUACGUCUAUUGGAAAACGCAACGAAAGAGCAGCUUAUUCUUGGCAACAAGAGGUCAUCAACAGAAACAAAGAAAUCUUCAGGAAAUCCACAGAUGGAGGAAUCUCAAUCUAGAGAUUUAAAUGUAAGAACAUCAUCCCAACCAUCGUCUUUCUGCUACAUUCCGCAACACAAGGAUCUAUUUGAAUUGGUUGGGUUGCAAAAAGCCCGUAUAGAACGUUUACUAAGAAUUAACGUUCAACAACGUCAAAUUAUAGAGGAACAGCAGGACCUUUUACGACAGCUGGGUGUGCACGAUAUCGUCAGCGAAAGUGAGCUUUCUUCAGUGGCUGGAUCCCCGUAUGGUGCAGUCUGA